AUGCACCUUGUUCAGACUCAGGCCAGACUCAGGCCAGAGUCAGACCGCUCUGGGUCCUUCCAGCUCCGGAUCGGGAGGAGUUUAAAGUUGACGAGACCCAAGACCCGAGUUUGCGAGUCUCGUCCGUGUCAAGUGACGGGACCUUGUCGCCGCGGCAACGGAAGGGAAGCUAUUUACAGCAUUGGGCAAUCUGCCACCGCUCUGGGAGCCUUAUGGUCCGGAGGAGACGGACCAGCAACACUGAAGGAGGACAAACCAGGAAGACUAAACCAGGUGGACAAACCAGGAGGACAAACCAGGAGGACAAACCAGGUGGACAAACCAGGAGGACAAACCAGCGACAGGGUCCUGACGGAGGUGGUGCUGAACGGACAGCUCCCAAACUCCCAAACCACAGCCGGGGACGCAGAAAAUCGGGCAAAAACACAAUGGUCUCAGAGGCAUUGGAGUCGCAGGAUCCCAGCGGUGGCAGCGGUUGUUUACACGGCGCUAAAGCAUGAAGCGGCUGCACUUACGAGUCCCAUCGAAGCGAGUGGCGAUGGCGUCCAAGAAGGUGUUCUGAGGAGCCAGGAGCCCCUUCAUCACCGGCAUUUUGACCCAGAAGUGUGCAGGUCUCGGCAGGGUGCGGGUCACACCAUCGCAGGGAUCCCAGGUGCUCCAGGUACACAGAGAGAGAGUGAAAGUGAGAUCCAGAGGAGGGAGGAGGAGGAGGGAGUAGAGGAGGAGGGAGGAGAGGGGGAGGAGGGAGGAGAGGAGGAGGAAGGAGGAGGCAGGAGAGGAGGAGGAGGAGGAGGGAGGAGAGGAGGAGGAGGAGGAGAGGAGAGGAGGAGGAGGGAGGAGAGGAGGAGGCAGGAGAGGAGGAGGGAGGAGAGGAGAGGAGGAGGAGGGAGGAGAGGAGGAGGAGGAGAGGAGAGGAGGAGGAGGAGGAGGAGGAGGAGGAGGGAGGGAGAGGAGGAGGAGGGAGGAGAGGAGGAGGAGGGAGGAGAGAAGGAGGAGGGAGGAGAGAAGGAGGAGGGAGGAGAGGAGGAGGAGGGAGGAGGGGAGGAGGAGGGAGGAGGGAGGAGAGGAGGAGGAGGGAGGAGAGGAGGAGGGAGGAGAGGAGGAGGAGGGAGGAGAGGAGGAGGAGGGAGGAGAGGAGGAGGGAGGAGGAGGGGAGGAGAGGAGGAGGAGGGAGGAGAGGAGGAGGAGGGAGGAGAGGAGGGAGGAGAGGAGGAGGAGGGAGGAGAGGAGGAGGAGGAGGAGGGAGGAGAGGAGGAGGAGGAGGAGGGAGGAGGGAGGAGAGGAGGAGGAGGAGGAGGGAGGAGAGGAGGAGGGAGGAGAGGAGGAGGGAGGAGAGGAGGAGGAGGGAGGAGGAGGAGAGGAGGAGGAGGGAGGAGAGGAGGAGGAGGAGAGGAGAGGAGGAGGGGAGGAGGAGGGAGGAGAGGAGGAGGGGAGGAGGAGAGGAGGAGGAGGGAGGAGAGGAGGAGGAGGGAGGAGAGGAGGAGGGAGGAGAGGAGGAGGGAGGAGAGGAGGAGGGAGGAGAGGAGGAGGAGGGAGGAGAGGAGGAGGAGGGAGGAGGAGGAGGAGGGAGGAGAGGAGAGGAGGAGGGAGGAGGAGGAGAGGAGGAGGGAGGAGAGGAGGAGGAGAGAGGAGGAGGAGGAGGAGGAGGGGAGGAGAGGAGGAGGGAGGAGAGGAGAGGAGGAGGAGGGAGGAGAGGAGGAGGGGAGGAGGAGAGGAGGAGGAGAGAGGAGGAGGAGGGAGGAGGGAGGAGGAGAGGAGGAGGAGGAGGGGAGGAGGAGAGGAGGAGGAGGAGGAGGAGGGAGGAGAGGAGGAGGGAGGAGAGGAGGAGGGAGGAGAGGAGGAGGAGGGGGAGGAGGAGGAGAGGAAAAGGAGGGAGGAGAGGAGGAGGAGGGAGGAGAGGAGGAGGGAGGAGAGGAGGAGGAGGGAGGAGGAGGAGAGGAAAAGGAGGGAGGAGAGGAGGAGGAGGGAGGAGAGGAGGAGGGAAGGAGGAGAGGAGGAGAGGAGGAGGAGGAGGAGGGAGGAGGGGAGGAGAGGAGGAGAGGAGGAGGAGGGAGGAGAGGAGGAGGAGGGAGGAGAGGAGGAGGGGAGGAGGAGAGGAGGAGGGGAGGAGGAGAGGAGGAGAGGAGGAGGAGAGGAGGAGGAGGGAGGAGAGGAUGCUCUGUGUGCGCCUGA